AUGGCGAGCUGGGUCGCCCUGAAUGUGGAGCCCGACGAGGCCAUUGAAGAGGAGGUUGACGACACCAAGGAGCUUCAGAUCGAGGAGGCUCUGAAGCUUUACCAAAAUGCAUUGAAACUUCAUGCGCAAGGUCCCGAGUUCUUCGCUCAGGCAAAGGAGGCCUACGACAUGCUUCUCAGUUCGGAGAUUUUCAAAUAUCCAGAGUCCAUCUCGGAUUUCAAAAGAGGCGCAUCGCAAGACACUCAGUCCGUCGCGGAAUUGGACGAAAGCGUUGCCGAUCUAAUCGCGGGGUUCAAUGUCGGCGAUGCUACAUCUAGCCUGUUUCAGACGCUCUACCUGUCCUACAAGAAUCACGGCCAGUACAUUCUUGAUUGCUUGCAGGAGUCACUGCGGAACGCUCCCAAGUCCCAGGAAAAUGCAAAGGAGCUGGCAAGCAAAAUUGCCGGAUCUUCCAAAACCGCUAUUGGAUCCUUUGCGGAAGCUCUGGAGCGUGACGACACCGAUCUUCACCUAUGGAGACAAAGUGCACGGCUCGGCAGCGCCCUUAACAGCUAUCGCCUGGUUCGGUACUGCCUAGAAAGCGUUCUCGCCGACGACGACAACCGCCUGGAAGUGCGGCCAGAACAACUAGGCUUGGAGGAGAUCUUUGCAGAGGAGCGCCUGCGGGCCACGCUGCAGUCUCUUGGAGACAAGGCUUCUUCUUCUCAAGUGCCUGUGAAGCAGCCAAAGAAAGCGGUCUUAAAGUAUCUGAAGCAACAUGCAGAUCCAUAUCCAUACCUGCCAGCUCUUCCCCCCGACUUGCAUGAUGUGGAUUCGUCCAAAGGUCCUCUUGCUUUCCACACGUCUCGACGGCAAAUCACUCCAUCCGACUCCACCUGGGUGUCAGUUGGACAAGCCCUUCUUCAGGCGCUUUCUGAUGAGGAAGAGGCUCCGAGUUCUGCUGCCCCAAACACGUCGCUGGGAAUCACUAUGCCGCCAAGGGACUCGCAGAUAGUAUCAGAGAUGGAUGAGCAGGAAGACGCCCCCAAAAUUGACGAGGUCGAAACCAAAGUUGAAAAUGAAGACGUCGAUAUGCUGCAGACAACUGAAGCCGGCCUGGAACCAGAAGCACCGGCUCCAAAUGACACAGAGGAGCCUCUGGAGCCAAGUGGAGAGUAUGCCUCCAUUGACCAAAGUGCAGAGAAACAACUUAUGGAAUCACUGGAAGGCCAAUCCCACCAGCCAGCUGAGAUACAGGCAGAAGAGGAGGACGAAAACCUAGAGGAAUCUGCUAUGAAUGGACGCAAAAGAUCGUCUGCAUCUGCUGCGAACGACGAGCAACAGGAGACGGGACGAAUGAAGAGCCGGCGGACUCGGGCUCGAGAGUCCAUUGUGGAAGGUGUCAUACAAGCCGAUGAGGUCGUUUUUGACCAGGAAAAAUACUACGAGGACCGCUUGGAGGUGUUUGUCAACAGUGAUGAUUGGAUGUUUGGCACUCUCGAUUCUCUCUUCUCAAAGUUCGGUGUUGAAGCGCUUGGUAGCAUUGAGAAGCUGAGGGAGAAAGUAUCAACAAACGACACCAGCGAUCCGCCCGAAGACAUUGAGGUCAGACUGUUCCAAGACUUCCGUGGCAUCAUCAAAACUUGGAACGAUGAGAAGUCCAAGUUGAUGCACAGAAAAGAUGAUCUUUCCUCUUUGAAGGACAUUCACGGCACAAGCAAGUCUGGUCUGGCCGUGUUCCUGGAGCAUUCAAGGAAAUCAUCUCGCAAACCCACUCUUGAAGUGGAAUUGCCUUCGGGGGAAGAGCUGUACGCGUUUUCGGAUACAGUCAACGGCGACUGGUUGCACCCCCACGAGGUCUCGUACGAGUGGGUCAAAUGUCUGCUCAUGCCAGAGUUCGGCAAAGAAACCUCAGACUGGCCCGUUAUGAAGUCUAGCUACGAGUCUUUCAUUUGGCCUGAAGACUUGAAGGAGACCGUGAUGCAUAUUUUGCUCAAAGAAGAUGAAUUUAUCUACCAAAAGUCUUGUGAUCUUGUCACCAGGCUCGAGCGUCGAAUCUUCCACCCUGGACCGGAGGCUCCCUUCCAGUACACAACGAGCGAUUUCUCUUUGCUUGAGAUGAUCCAAAAUGUUUACGAACUGCAUCUGGACAAGUACGCCUCCGUCGACAACCCAAGCAGCGAGGCCAGCCAGGACACCAGGCUAGCACAACGAGACUGCCUAUCAAGAUGGGGCAUGCUCGCUCGAACAGCACUUAGUCACUUUCUCGAUCAUGGGCCGGCCGGUGAAUGCCGUCAGAAUAUCAUUCUUCGACAUCUGUGGACAUCCGUCUUCCAUGUAAACCUUUCUGGCGAGGCUCAACGAGAACACGUCCUGCUUUGCCUUCAAGAUCUGAAGCAUAUGCUACAGUCCAUGGGAGAUCCGGUUAUUAACCUCGUGAACAACUCGAUCAUGACCGAGCUAUCCGCUGCCGCCAUAGAUCAUGAGGUCUUGAAGCUCAAGUGCAUGGAUUUCUUUGCCAAGGUGUUCAACUCGGAGACGGAAGACCCCGUGUCUCUCAUUGAAGCUAUUGAACCCAUUCUCGAGCCGUCAUUUAUUGAGUAUGAUGAAGGCCCAGCCCAAGAUAAUGACCCAAAUCAUCCAUCCUCAAAUCUCAACGAGAUGGCUUCUUUCUUGGAUCGUGGUGAUGCCACACUGCGACUGUUCCUCUGGAGAAGAUUGCAAGACUCAUAUCGAGCCAUUGAUUAUUCUCCGAAGGUUGUCUCCUGCUAUCUCCGCAGUAUCGAAUUGAUCAUGACAGAGAUUGAAGCUGUGAAACACAAUGAAGAAGCCAGCGACCGGCGCCAGUUCGCCCUGCUGGGCUGGUUGAAGACACUCGAUGGCAUCAUGACCAAAGCUAUUCCGCUCAUUCUUCAGGAGGCAGAGAAGGCCUACGAAUGUGUUGAUAUGGAGCACUUGCACGCUUCCAUGUCGGCGGUGGCCCGUCUGGCAAGGCUACUCCACAGCUUUGUGUUGUACGAGGAUUCGGUGCGUGUCGGUCAAAUUUCCGGACGUGAUCUUCGAGGUGCUUUAGCAAAAUCACUCGAAAACUUCAAAGAAAGGAUGCGCGAAACUUAUGUUCGCUGCUGGAUCCUGUUGUACACUCUUUUCAUCGAGGCAAUUUCCCAGAACAAGGAGCUGUUCGACGAGCCCUUCGAAGACCGCAUCCAUUUCCUUCGGUCGGUGCACAGUGCCCUUGGCGUCAGAUCCAUGUGCAGAUAUUCUCAAAAGCGAUUCCUCAAGCUCAUCAAGUCCGAAUUGCUCGACCACGAAACAAAAGGUGACUAUGAAUUUGACGUCUGUCAAGUACUCUACGACCUCCAUGGCAUCAAAUUCUCACCUUCUGAUGGGACGACUGAUCAUGGCUGUCCAGCCGAAAAGCUGGAUCGGCCUACAGCUAUCAUGAUGAUUGACUUUGUGAUGUCCCAAACCAACAAAAUGAACAUGAAGGAUCUAUCAAAGUCCGAGCUAAAAACCACAAUCGAAAAAAUGCAGCAGGCGAUUGGCCCGGCCAAGCCAUCUUCGCAGACCCCGCAGUUGUCCUUUAACAGGCGCAUCAUCAAUACGCACCUCAAGACCCCGAUCAACCCCGCGAAUCUUCUCCGAGCCGUUCAAGGAGUAGCAGAGCUUUCAACAACAACAGUGCCCACCGAGAAUGCAAAGAUUGCUGUGAAAGGCUGGUAUUUCCUUCUCGGCCAUGCUACACUCACGAAGUUCCGUUCCCAAAAACGACUCACGCCUGGGUCUACAACGGAGCUUGAUGAUGCUAUCUCCUUCUUCAGGCAAGACCUAGAUCAUGGCUCGGGGAGAUGGGAAACUUGGUACCGGCUUGCACAAGCAUUCGACUCCAAGCUGGAAGAGGACAUCACAUGGGCUGCGGACAAAAUCAACAAUAACCGUGCGGACCUGGCGACCACGCAGCGCCAUGCGAUUCACUGUUACGCGAUGGCGGUCUCAACUGCAGUCAGAACCGCAGAACCCACGGCCGAAACACAAGCUCUCCUGUCUGACCUGUAUGCCGACUUUGGUCUCCGCAUGUACUCAUCUUCCCGCGAGCCUCUCUCCAUGGGCCCAUUCAGUCUUGCGGAAUUCGAUCGUCACUACAGCAGCGAGGAGAGCCAGAAUAUGUACAAGCGGAAACCAUUCAAAGAAAUGUCCCGGUAUUCGGUGUGGUAUUUCGCGAGCAACCUUCUCAAGAGAGCUAUCAGGAACAGUUCGAAGCGAUGGAUGGCUCAUUACACACUUACCAAGUGUCUGUGGAAAAUGUUCAACAGCGAUGACUCUGCGAGGACCACGUCUAAGCGGGUCGAGAUGCAGGAUGUGCUGGACGCUCUUCGGGACGCAAUUACUGCACUACCGCAGCGGAAGGAUUCCCGCUCCGAUCCCAUCUUUGAGCCUCACUUCAAGCUCGUGUCUAUUGUGCACAAACUUGUUGUUCAAGGUAAAUUAACGCCAGCUGAGGGGAGUAAGACCCUCCUUGCAACACCCUGGGCUCAAAAGAUCGAGGCGCCUACCGACAUCCAGGGCUGGAAAGCGUAUAUUCUUGAGGUUAUUCGGAAGUUCAAGAGCGCAGACAAGUCCAAUUGGCACCAUCGCAUGAGUGCCAGGGCCGCCCAUAUUAUCUACGACGCUCAGAAAGACGCUACUGCCGCGGCCGCAGCCAAGCAAGAGCUUUCUCAAAUCUUCACCAAGACGUUGACUAUUCAGGUCUGGCGACCCGAAUUCGAACGACCUGGGAGACAUUUCGUCUACACCACCCGCUACGUAUACUUUUUCGUUGGCCUUCUGGACCAACUCGACGACCGGGCGAGCUUGGACCAGCUACUUCGCCGCGUGAGAAAGAAGCAGGGCGACUUCAUCAAUCACACCAAACUGUGGGAGGACAGCUGCGUACUAUACGCCAAGAUGGUCCGUAGAGCAGCCAAAAUCAGGGAGGGACACGAAGAAGGCGUGUUCAAGCCCAUUGGCUGGGAGGAGUUCUCCACAAAGACAGCCCGGCUGGAAGGCCUCACUCAGUUUGUUCCAGAGAGCCAACCACUCCUAGAACUGAUCCGGGACUCGCUGGAGCUGAAGAAGCUCAAUAACAACCUCAUGAAGGUCACCAUGUUCGAGGACCUCAUCGCAGACCUUUACUCUCGCCUGUAUGAGAUCAACAUGCCGCUUCUCAUUGAGCAAGAGAACGAAGAAAACAAGGAAAAGAUGAAGGUUGAUCACCUCCUCAUGGCAGGUGACGGUCCAACCGAAACAUCUACGCCUUCGACCUCCGUUCCUGCGUCCGACGCCCCUGCUCCCCGUGGCCGUACCAAGGGUAUCGCCCGCCGCGACAUCCAGAAACGAGCAGACACCAUCGUCAACCUGAAACUGGCGCCUCGCACCGCGACGAGCAAGUUCACUGCUGCCGGUGAGACAGAGCAAUCCUCUACCGCAGCAGCAGGCUCUACUGCUACUACAGCGGCUCCUACGUCGGCACCUCGUGACGCUUCCAAGCAAACAGCCACACCUGGGGAUAUGGAUAGUGCACAGAAUGGCGGCCCUAAGGACAGCGCAGAUGAUACGGAACUCAGUGAGGCAGAUAAGCAGUCCAAGACGGCAGAGCAGAAGCUGGGCUUUACACCGAACCUGGGCAAGAGCGACCCUGUCUCCGAGGCCGAAGACACGGGCAGUGGAAACGAGGGUGCUGACGAGGGUGACGGUGAUGGCAGUGAAGAUGAAGCCGGAAACGAUCUUGACAAUGACAAUGAUGAAGGUGACGGUGAUGGUGACGACGACGGUGACCAGGUCGCAACAGAGGCUGAGACAGAUGCCCCGGAAGGUGAAGAGGGUGAUGGUGCCGGUGAUGGCGAGGGUGGAGAAGGCGACAACGAGCCUGAAGACGAGGAGAUGCAGGAUACCGAAGCGGAGCCGAAGCCGGGUGAUGGUGGCAAAGAGGAAAAGGAAGGAGACAGCAAUGCGGCCGAGCAGUCAAGUGAAUAUGCCAAGUUGAAUGCCCCGGUAAAAAGCGAAGAUGCUGUUGAACCAGAUCCGAUGGAUGUUACGCCGGCCGGGCAAUGA